AUGCCAUUGCGAGCAAAUCUUCCCGGGCCUCUUAAGCAGCGUGAUAAUAGCACGGCGCGCAUCGCAUCUGCGUCUGGUUCUGCAGCGGAUCGGCGACAUGGAUUAGCCGAGCUUGUCCGCGAUGAGGACAUCCAGUACAUUGUCGGCGACUGGAUGUCGGAGUACAACAUGGCGCUCAGAGGAGGCGCGAAAGCCGAUUACCCGACCAGCUCAUCAGAGUUUGAGCCCUCUUUCCUUGAGGCAAUCGAGCCAGCACUGGAGUCCAUCGAUGCCAGGCGGAUCAAAGUUGCUGUCAACGCGGGCGCGAGUGAUACAAAGAAGCUACACGACAUUCUGGUUGAUGUGAUCAGUGACAAGGGCCUCAAACUCAGGGUCGCAUGGAUUGAAGGGGAUGAGGUUAUUGAUGUUGUUCAGAAGGGCUUGGAAUCAGGAGAAGGUUUCAAAAACUUAACAACAGGUCGCCAAUACUGA